GCAAUUAAACUGGAACAGCUUAACCAACAAAUUAAAUAAUAAAGACGAGUUGCCCAUUAAUCUAUAUAUUCGAUUCUCUCUGUCUUGUAUCUGCACCCUAGCUCAAGCUGCUUUCUUUCCAUACUUCAUCAACACAGCAAACAGAAACAAAUCAAGGCGUCAACAUGCCCAGGGGCCGACCUCUUUCCUUGCAGACUGUUGAACUCAAGGUGAGGAUGUGUUGCACUGGAUGUGAGAAAGUCGUCAAGAGCGCCCUCUACAGGCUUCGAGGAGUUGACUCGGUUGAGGUGGACUUGGAGAUGGAGAAGGUGACGGUGACCGGAUACGUUGAUCGGAGCAAGGUACUAAAGAUAGUAAGAAGGGCUGGGAAGAGAGCUGAGUUCUGGCCGUACCCUAAUCCACCUUUGUACUUCACAUCCGUCGGCAACUACUUCAAAGACCUCACCAAUGAUUACAAAGAGAGCUAUAACUAUUGGAGGCAUGGCUAUAAUGUCGGCGACAGGCACGGAACCAUUCCGGCGAGCCACCGAGGAGACGACAAAGUUAGCAACAUGUUCAAUGACGACAAUGUUAAUGCUUGCUGCCUCAUGUAACAUAGUACCAGUGCUACUAAAAUAUACGUACUUCUGUACUAUCAUACAUCCUGAUCAAAUUAGCUUCAUUGUGUUAUAAAUAAUCAAGGAUGUAUAUCUCGACAUAAUUAAGUUAUGUAAUUAUAAUAUAUAUAUAUAAUAUUAUUCUAGUAUUUUAUACAUAAUUAUGUCCUAAUCAAGUUACAAUA